GUAGCGCCUACGUAAAUGUGGAUUUUGAAGUACAGGAGCUGGAUUGCUUUCACGGCAUGUUACCACGAGAGGAAGCCGAACGUUUGCUGAUCGAAAGCGGAGACUUUUUGGUGCGAGAGAGCCAUGAUCCAGAGACAAAUGAACCUUGUUGUGUUUUGUCAGCGUACUUUCAGGAUCAUCGUCAUUUUAUUUUGAAAUGCCCUGAUGAACAGAAACAUGCCUCCAAAGAUAGACAUGAUUCAAUAUUAGCGAAGGUCAACCAGUUUUAUAUUAAUGGGAAGCCGUGGGAAGAUUGUCCUGAUAAUAUUCUAAAACAUCCAAUUCCUAGAGAACAAUGGCUUAUUAUAAAUAAUGACGUCGUUUUGGAAAUGGAACUGGGAAAGGGCUACUUUGGAGUGGUUAACAAAGGAAUGUAUAAGCCUAAGGAUAUUUCUGUAGCAGUGAAAACAUGUAAAGAAACGCUCACACAAAAACAGACGAAGACGCUGUUGAAAGAAGGUAGAAACCUGGUUGAUUACGAUCAUCCUAACAUUGUAAAGUUUAUCGGAAUUGCAGCCAUCAGGCCGCCCGUUAUGAUCGUUAUGGAAUAUGUAGCAGGAGGUGACUUGCUAAGCCAUCUAAAAAAGCAUGCAACUACGUUAAGAACAACACAGCUGACACAAAUGUGUGCAGAUGCAGCAAGUGGGAUGACUUACCUGGAGAGCAAAAACUGUGUCCACAGAGAGCUGGCAGCGCGGAACUGUAUGGUUGGAGAUGGUUUAGUGGUGAAAAUCUCGGAUUUCGGUUUGUCACGAGAAAAUGUGGUACACACAAUGUCCGACGGCGACAAACAUAUAACGUGGAAAUGGUUGGCGCCAGAAGUUUUGUUACAAGAUACGUACUCUUCUCUCUCCGAUGUUUGGAGUUUCGGGGUCUUGAUGUGGGAAAUAUACUCCAGAGGAAAGGACCCUUUCUCUGAUAUCUCUAUGUCUGAGCUUCCUAGCAAAAUAGAAGAAGGUUACAAAAUGCCAACCCCCGAGGGAACCCCCGCAGCGUGUCAUGACCUGAUGAUGAAAUGCUGGGAAUACAACGCAAGCGAACGCUAUCACUUUGACAGAAUCCAGAAAAGAUUCAAUUCAAUGAUCAGUUCAUUGCGAUAUAGUUACGUUGAGUUGCCGAAGAAAGUUUCAUAAAUGUUUUUUUUUUAGGUAUCAUAUCUUCAAAUGACAGCUGCCUGACACUUUUUCAUAAUUAUCUAUUAAAACUGUCUAUGAUUAAGCAGAUACAUGAACAAUUAGUAAAACUAACUUACGAAUGUAUCAAAAUUGUUUUUAACUGAUUGCAACCAAUACAUACUAGGUAAUUUUGUUAAUUUCUUAAUUUCGCUCCAUCCUACUUCAUUUAAUGAGCGAAUGUUAAAGACAAAUAAUUGUAACAUUCACUUUUCUUCUCUUCAGUACUUUUUUGUAAUCCCUGAUGGCCGGAAAAAUAUUCUUGUAUAUAGUAUUUCAAACAUUUGGUUCGGAGAAAAUAGACAUGUGAUUAAAUGUUUGAAAUACUCGAUCACAACUAAAAAAGUAUCAAGUCCUUCAGUUGGGUUGAUGACGUUAUACGAGAAUAUGGUUUGAGUUUAGUUACUCUAUAGCGACAUCAAACAAUAUAUUGGAAUAUAAAAAUAUCUUAUUAGUUACUAUAUAUAUAUAUAUAUACAGUAGUUGGCCAUAAGUAUGUUCCCAAAAUGGCCUCUGUAACAUU